AUGGUUAACACUCGUGCUAAUAGUCAACUAGAUGGAGCUACCGCUAGUGACACUCCGGCCAAUCGAAAUGGGGCUGGAAAUGCGGCUAAUCAAAGGCCUCCUCGAAGGCCAUAUCCGGGUGAAGUGCCAACAAGAUCGGAAAUUGAACGGGUAAACCCAGUGAUCGAACAGAUUCCAACUCAGGCUGAGAUGUAUGAAGAAUUGAGAGCUAUUCGAGCCAAGUUGAUAAGGACUGAAGAGGAACUUGUUCGAGUAAGAGCUGAAAGGGAAGUUGAUCCACAUCGGGAGGAGCAUACUGAUGGAAAUUAUUCCAACCGCUCUAACCGUGCAGAGCCAUCCAUUGUGAGAUCACAGGUUGCUCCUAUGAAUGAUGUAGUUGGGGUUCAGAAUGAAGGGGUGGUGAAUCGAGUUGUGGUUGCUCCUCGUGCAACUAAUUUCAAGUAUGAAAGUUUUCAGAAAUGCAGUGCCAAAGAUUUUGAUGGCACUCAAGAUGUUGUAGGUGCUAUGGAAUGGUUGGAUGAUAUAGAGGUGGUGUUUGUUUCAUGUUACUGUCCCGAGGAUAUGAAGGUGUUAUGUGCUUCUUGCAUGUUAAAGAAGAAUGCUCGCAAUUGGUGGAGAUCUACUACCGUUUCAUUGACUCCUGAGGUACUGGCUGCAAUGCCUUGGGGUACUUUCAGGGAUAAAUUUCUGGAAGAAUAUGUUGGCACUCGUGAGUUAAGAUUGAUCGAGAAAGAGUUUAGAGCCCUAACCGCCAAGUUCGUUGGUCACAUGGUUCGUAGAGAAAUUGACCAAGUUGAAGCUACUGUGAUGGUCUUCCUCCUAGCUAUCAUGGCCUAUGUCGGCAACAUACUACUUUGUCAGCUGCUAUCAAAGAAUCCAAGAGACUUGAUGAUGAUUUCAAAGCUGAGAAGGUUGUUGAGAAGGAGUCUGACAGGAAAUCUGGGUUCAAGAGAAGGAAUGAUGAUCGUGUGGGGUCUUCAAAGAAGUGGAAGAAUCAGAAGGUCUCGGGCUAAGCAUCACGGGAACUAUUCUACUGCUACUCAGAAGUGUCUUCGUUGUGGGGAGAUUGGUCACGCUAGUGCCGAUUGCAAAAAUGAGGUUAAGUGUUUCAACUGCAACAAGAAGGGGCAUAUCAGCACUAGUUGUCCUGAUAGAGCUGCUGAGCCUAAAAAGAAUGACAAGAAGACAAAUUCCCGAGCCUUUCAGAUGACUGCUGAAGAUGCCAGAGGUAAUGAUGAUGUCGUUAACGAUACUUUUCUUGUUAAUUCCAUACCUGCUAGUGUUUUAUUUGAUUCUGGUGCAAACCGUACUUUUGUGUCUACUUCGUUUGGGUCAAAGCUUGGUAUUCCUAUAUCUAGACUUGGUUCCAUCAUUGAGGUGGAGAUUCCUGACGGUAAACUCAUUACUAUUCGUGAGAUUUAUCGAAAUUGUUCUAUAGAUAUCGAGGGAAAUUCUUUUCCUGUUCAUCUUUUACCUACCACUCGUGCGGGUUUCGAUGUUGUUCUGGGCAUGGAUUGGUUGGGAAAGUUUAAUGCUGAAAUCCUUUGCAAAAGAAAGAUUGUCCAUCUUGUGGCGCCAAAUGGUGAUGUGGUGCGUGUUUAUGGCGAGAAGCAAAAAGGGGAAUUGGGGAUUGUGUCUAUGAUGAAAGCAUUGAAAUACAUUAGGCAAACAAAGGAGCAUUUUCUGGCCUAUGUUAUUGAUUCUCGAGAAAAGAUGUCUUCAGUUAGUGAUAUUGAUGUUGAAUCUGAUUUUCCUGAGGUGUUUUCUAGAGGAUCUUCCCGGUAUUUCACCCGACCAUGA